UUGUCACAAUUUCAAUGUCAUGACGCGAUUUGUGUAGUCUGAAAUAAUUAACGCUCAAGACUAUAAGUAUGUAUUAAGUGGAUCUGUCUGCUACAUUGAAGAAACAGAAAUUAGCAGUUUAGAAUUAUUUUCGUGUUUAGUGCUCGAGCGAAUAAACGAUUUUCUCUCAAAAUUCAUUCCCUAGACGUUAUUGCUCAAAUUAUAAUAUUUUAUAUGCAGAUUCUAAUAAUUGCUUUGUAAACUGUUUUAAAUUAUGUAAAAUCGUACUAAGAAAUAUUUAACUUAUUCAACUAUUCAGCUAUUUGACUAUUCACACGUUAAAAUUUGAUAUUGACAUGUCCAUUUAAUGAGAGAAGACGAUUUACUGCAAAUAUUGCAUUGUACGCAUAUUUGAUAAAAUAAAUAUACAUCGCAGCAUAACAAAGAUGAUUGUUUGGUGAUGUAAUUUGCGAAUACGCUGACACUGAUUGUCUGUUAUCACAACGUUAAAUUAUGGAUUCGUGCAGUAUUGGAAAAUUCGUCGACACAACUGCCACACUCGGGAGACUUACUGUGUGUGUGUAUGUGUGCGUGAAUUAAGUAUAAAAUAAAAUAUUACUUACUCACACAUUUAAAUUACGUCAUGUAUUUGCGAUUAUAUACAUUGUUGUUUUUUAUGUUAAUUCUAUUUGAAAUACGCGCGAUUCAGCUGUUUCACGGGCACACUUUGCCGCCGGAAAUUUCAGAAAAGUUAGAUCAGUAUUGGCAAGAUUACAAGAUACAGUUUAAUAAAUCCUAUACGGGAAAUGCGGAAAACGCAAAACGAUUGAUUUGGGAACAAAAUCUUGUGGAGAUCUACAAACACAAUCUAAUGGCUGCCGCUGGACAUCAUAAUUACACACUGCGAGAUAACCAUAUCGCCGAUCUUGACACUCGACAGUACAUGCGCGACAUGGUGAAAUUAAAGCCAAGUCGAAGGCGCCGGUUACCGAAUCAUUUGGUAUCGGCGAUUCUGCAUAAUCCACGUAACAUACCAAAACGCGUGGAUUGGCGAGAACACGGCUUUGUAACUUCGCCAGUAGAUCAACUGAACUGCGGGAGUUGCUAUGCUUACUCCAUUGCCGAAAGUAUUGAGGGACAGAUUUUUAAGCACACCGGCCAGCUGAUACCUCUGAGCGUACAACAGUUGGUGGAUUGCAGCACAUCAACCGGCAAUCUCGGUUGCACUGGCGGUUCUCUCAGAAACACUUUGAGAUAUCUGGAAAAGUCGAAAGGUCUCAUGGCCAGAUCUUUGUAUCCAUACAACGCCGAGCAAGGAAAAUGCAGAUUUAAAAGAGACAACAGUGUCGUUAAUAUAACUUCAUGGGCAAUUUUGCCGGCACGGGACGAGAAGGCUCUGGAAGUGGCUGUAGCUACCAUUGGUCCCAUAGCUGCCUCUUUAAACGCCAGUCCGAAGACGUUUCAACUUUAUCAUAAAGGCGUUUACGAUGACCAUCAAUGCAGCUCGGACACGGUAAACCAUGCUAUGCUGAUCGUUGGUUAUACACCGACCGAAUGGAUCUUGAAGAACUGGUGGGGUUCUAGUUGGGGUGAAAAUGGCUAUAUGCGACUGGCGAAAAACAAAAAUCGUUGCGGCAUAGCAAACUACGCGGCGUAUGUAAAAGUUUAACAUUUAGUUUUGCUUCUUCUCGUCAAAAGAUCUCAGAAAAUUAAAUGUGCCGUCUGUGUUUCUAUAUAAAUAAUAUCUGCGUAAUAAACAGAUAUUUACGUUGCUUUUUCGGAAAAAAACAUAAAUUACUUAUUUCUACACAAAAAAGAAUUCAGUAUUAUACACUCAUUGUCUUCAGUGUAUGACCGUAAAAGAGAAAACUCAUAGAGAGAAUCUAGAAAAAGAUACAUAUAAUCGCGUUGCAAGGUCACAGAAUAAGAAGUUUAAGUAUAUACGUACGUUUGCAAAUAGAGUGUUACUACGAUAGUAGUGUGUAAGGUCAGAGAUCGCAUAUAUUCGAGCGAUUAAACUUCGGGCAAUUACCGAAGAUCGCCGAACAUUUAUUACAUAACAGCCACUGACCGCAGGACGAACGUUCGAAUGUCAGUUACUAGACUUCUGUAACCACACAGAAUCCCCGGGAAAUUUAAUCGAAUCGCACUACCGCGGCACGAUAGGAACGCAGAGACUUUGUUCGAUCGAAAAUUGUGUCCGAAGACGAAGUACACGGCUAACCGGAACAUACUGCCACUCUCUAUUUCCGCAAUAGAGAGAAAGAGAGAGAGAGACCAGGAUGCUCAAAAGGAAAGGACAACCUAAUAUGCUAUAUCUGUAGAUAAAUAGGUAAAGUAGAUAGGGUGUGUGUGUGUGUGGAUACGUUGAUCACGUGACGCAAUGUCAUGCCAAACCAUGUAACCGCAUAGUCCGCGUAGUGAUGUAAAGGCAUUGACCGAUUUACGUAAGCACGAUGUAGACGUAAAAAAAUAAAAACUACCGAUACUUUCAUGAUUGAUUGUAUUUAAAGUAAUAAUCUCACUUUUUUUUCUAAAAUACUAAAUUUGUGUGAUCACAUGAUGAAGAAUGUAAAAUCGGGUUGAUACUAAACUGAUUAAUUAAAGAGAAAUAUUGAUUUUAAUGUUUCAAAAUUUUCAUUAGAUACUGAAUACUUUAUUUUUCAAAAUGUGACAGGCAUUCUACGGAACAUUUUCUGCAUAUUAUUUUGCUGUUUGUUUGGUAUAUAUAAAAAGCAAACAUAAAAAAAACUUUAGCAACUGUCAUCCGCGUCGUUUCUGCGAUUAAACCUACCUCUACACAAAUAAUGACGCACCUUGACAAAUAAAAGUUUUAUCCGGAGCAGCACCAUCGUCAUUUGACGACGCAGCAGUUCGACGAAAAGAAUUUUACUAGGAGCAAUAUGUCCGGAACAAAUUGUCACGGCUUGAAGCUCUUCCUGAUUUUCCGAUAUCACAUGCGACUCCGUGGAAAGGGACCACUCAUAUUCCGUCUCUCUGUUCAGAGGUCGGCCGCGGCUCAUUGUUCGCCAAAUGGCAAACGCACGCAAUCCGUCCUGCCGGCAGUGUAUCCUCGAUUGUUACACGGCAGCAUCUCGAUCUGUUUCCUAUCUGUUAAGCGACGUCGCGACUCGUCUCAUCUUACCAUCCUAUUGUUAUCGACAGCUCGAUGCAGCAAACUGGCUGUUCGCCUCUUACACGAAAUAUUAAUUAAAAAAUUUCUAUCUCUCACACAAAUAACAUAUUUUUUAAAAGAUAAUUAACCCUUCCUAGACUGACAUGGGUCUUUCAGAUUCAUUCAAAAAUUUCAAACCGUUGUUUCUAGAUAAAAUCACACAUUCAAUUUUAAAGUCGCGUGAGUCUCACAGACUCAGUCAGUCCAACUAGCAAGCUGUUUUGGAAAUCUACGAAGAGUUAAUUGGAAACUAAUUUAAUUGAUAUUUUAAUUUCAAUGUAACAUGGCGCGUGAUUCUCAUCGUAUAA